AUGUGUAGCUUGGGAUCCCGUUUGUUGUCCAGCAUCCUUGGCCGUGCAAGGACGCGUCAUCCUCGUUUUUACUUGCCGUAUUCCACGCGAAAAAUACCAGAUGGAGAAACAACUCUGAAAUUUGGUGAUUACGACCUGGUGCUCCCCAGUUGCCCAACUGCGGAAGGCACACGGCACAUCCCACCUAACUUGGUGCCAAUGCAUAUCAUCCGUCCACCAUAUUCAUCAACUCUCAGGACCCGCGAGCGUGCGGAUAUCCAUGAAGUAGAGAGGAGCUUGGAAUUAGGCGGGGAAGAGGAAUUAAAGAUGAGAAAUGCCUGCAGACUUGCGAAGGAAACCAGGGUUUUUGCAGAGAGUCUGGUGAAGCCAGGGGUAACAACAGCGACUAUAGACAACCGGAUACAUCACUUCAUCAUAUCUCGCAACGCGUACCCGUCCCCAUUGCUCUACAAGGGCUUUCCCAAAUCAUGCUGUACAAGCGUGAACAAUGUCAUUGCCCAUGGUAUUCCUGAUGAUCGGCCGCUUGAAAGUGGUGAUGUGAUAAACAUAGAUGUGACGGUGUAUGCAGACGGGUAUCAUGGCGAUACUUCGGACACAUUCGUUGUCGGAGAAGUGGACGACCAAGGCCGCUCACUCAUCUCUGCGACUCGCAGCGCAUUGCAAGCCGGGAUACUAGCGUGCGGUCCUGGGAGACCUUUCAAAGGCAUUGGAAAGGCUAUUUCGGAACUAGCAGCAUCGAGAGGGUUUUCGGUUAGCGCAGACUUGGCUGGACAUGGAAUUGGAGAGGCGUUCCAUUCUCCCCCGUGGAUUCUACACCAUAAAAACGACGAACCAGGAGUGAUGAAGCCAGGUCAUUGCUUCACCAUUGAGCCUUGCCUGGUUCAAGGGGAUGAUGCUAGAGGUUGGGUGCUUCCCGAUGGUUGGACAGUACUUACGGAAACCGGUGCACGCAGUGCUCAAGCCGAGCACACCGUCCUCAUCACGCACGGUGGCGUUGUGAUCCUCACUGCUUAA